AUGAUUUUCAUUCUGGGUAGCAACCUCAAUGGCUACUCUGGUAUCCUCCACGGAAGAAUCGUGACUACUGUUUUGGACGAAUACACAGGCAUUCUCGUCCUUUGCAGCAAGUACAAAACUAGCGACGACGAAGCUCUCGAGUCAGGCUCUAAGACAGUAACGGCGUACUUGAAUACCAAUUUCUUGGGUCCAGUUCCGACCCCUGGUGCCAUUGUUGUGUACGCAAAGCUGGAGGAAACCAAGGAGAACCGAAAAUGA